AUGGCUUCCGCCGCGACCGCGGAGUUAGAAGCUGGCCUCCAGGCCAUGCUCACCCUCAAGCCUCCCGGCGUUUCGGGCUCUCGCAUCAAUACGUUGACCAAGCUGUGUGUCGAUAAUGUUCAGGAUGAAUCCUUAAUCGUCCAGAAGCUUUACAUGCAGUUCAAGAAGGCUCCUGUCUCCCACAAGCUGGGCGUUCUCUACGUGGUAGACUCUGUAACGCGCAAGUGGAAUGAACAGGCCAAGGCUCUGGGUCAGGUUGUAGACAGCUCUGCUCCUGACAAGUCCUUCGCCGCUGGUGUCCACCGAGUCACCGAACUCAUGCCAGUCUUGAUGAAUGACAUUUUGCAGUAUGCCCCUGAGGGUCAGAAGGAUAAGAUCUCCAAGCUCUUGGACAUUUGGGAGAAGGGCCAGACCUUCCCCCCUGCGAUGAUAGAGUCAUUCCGCAAGAACCUGAACGCCGUCCCUGUUCCUGAACCGAUCCAGUCCACCACGCCGGAGGGUAGUCCCCCCCCAGGCUUGGUCGCGUUCAUGGGUUACAACCGACCGGCCGCUCCCACUGCUCCUACUCCUCCUACUGCUCAGAACAGUAGUGCUAUCAUGGCAGCCCUUGCCAACAUCGCCCGCCAGAACGCUGCAGCUGCAGCUGCCCCUGCUCAGCAACCUGCUCCAGCUCAAACUGCACCUCAGUCUGCCCCUCAGAGCCAGGCCCAGACCAACGCGCUUAGCGUGCUGGCCAACCUUCAGAGCAUCACUGCGCAGCAUCAGCAGAAUGCAGCUCGUCCUGCUGCUCCCAGCCAGCCGCCUUACUCGCUUCCAUUCAACUCCAGCCAGCCGGCCACCACUGCUGCUACGCCUGCGCCUGCACCUAUUCCGGCGCCAUUCUCUUGGCCUCCUCAGCCGCCGGCCCAGGCCCCGGCCCCGGGCCAGCCUGUUGGUAUGCCGUACCCCGGUGCUGGAGCAGCUCAGCCGCCUGCUCUUCCCAUGGAUCCUCGAACACAGCAACAGCUGCUGUUGAUCAAGACCCUCAGAGACCAGGGUGUGCCGUUGGAACAGAUCCCGGCUCUUCUCGCUGUUCUCAGCGGAGGCGGUCCUGUUCCUCCGGCUCCUACGUCGGCUGCGGCUGCUCCGGCUACCUCAGCCACACCCGCCCCCAAUUACUACGCCACGAACCAGGGAUGGGGUGGUCCCGGCCAAUCCAACAACAGCCAUGACCAGCACCGGUACAGCGACGGCCCCAGAUCGCCGAACCGGUACCAACGUUCUCGUUCCAGAUCGCCGGGUCGCCACUGGGACUCCCGCAACCCAACCCGUGGCUCGCCUCGCGGUAGUCGUGAUGACUACGCACGUCACUCUCCGAACCGUGGUCGCUACGAUGACCGCGGCCGACCCGGCGAUUAUCGCCAGCGCAGCCCAGUCGGCAGGAAUGGACGCAGCCCGACCCCUCGCCGCAACACCAAAGAGAAGUGGGUUGAGUACGACCCCACCAUUCCCAACGGCAGGAUCAAGGUCCUCAGCCGUACUCUGUUCGUCGGCGGAGUAGCCUACACCGAGCCCGAGUUGCGAGAGAUUUUCAGCAAGUUCGGUGAGGUGCAGACUUGCAUUGUGAACAAGGAUAAGCGUCACGCGUUCGUCAAGAUGGUUAGCCGAGAUGAUGCGUUCCGAGCCAAGGAAGCCAUGGAGGCCAAUAGGGAUAGCGACCCGCAGCUUCGAACCCGUUGGGGCGUAGGCUUUGGUCCGCGCGACUGCAGUGAUUACCAGACUGGAGUCAGCAUCAUUCCCAUCUCGAAACUCACUGAGGCCGAUCGCAAGUGGAUGCUUACCGCAGAGUUCGGUGGCAGCGGCGGCAGACCCAUCGAGACCGGCCUUGUUGUUGAGGAGCCCGAUAUCGAGAUCGGCGCCGGCGUCUCUUCCAAGGCCAUCAGUCGCCGCAUGCAGACUGACAAGAGCGGUAACCACGGACCUCGUUCUACCCGCAGCGGACGCCACGAUGGCCGAGAUGGCGAUGGCGACGAUGGUCAUGAUGACUUCGGCCGCAACCGCCGUGGCGGCCGUGAUCGUCGUGAGGACACCCAGGCUUCCGGCGCCAACGCCCAGCCUCUCCCUCAGAAUUUCCCCUUCGGCAUCACCACCCUGCCCAACGGCAUGCCCGCGUACCCCCCUAACUUCAUGUUCCCCGCCCCGGAGAGCAAGUAA